AUGACUCAUCCUUCUAAUCAAGUGUGUAAGCUACGUAAACCACUGUAUGGACUCAAACAAGCGCCUCGUGCUUGGUUUGAGAAAUUUUCCAAUGCCGUUCUACAGUUUGGAUUCACUCAAAGUGCAUACGAUUCAUCCAUGUUUACUCGUUCCACUGCACAGGGUAUGGUCAUUCUUCUCUUAUAUGUAGAUGAUAUGGUUAUUACAGGUGAUGACAUGAAAGGUAUUACUGCUCUUAAGACUCAUCUUUGCUCCUGCUUUGAAAUGAAGGAUCUGGGUUCUUUAUGCUACUUUCUUGGCUUAGAGGUUGAUCCGUCAUCUGAUGAGUGUUUUAUUUCUCAAGUGAAAUAUGCCUCAGAUAUUAUUCAGCGUGCUGGCUUCAUGGAUAAUAAAACAACAGCUACACCUCUUGAAUUGAAUAGUAAGCUUAGUCCUUUUGAUGGGAAACUCCUUCCUAAUCCUACCUUGUAUAGACAGCUUGUGGGAAGCCUUAAUUACUUAACCAUUACACGACCAGACAUCAGUCAUGCAGUGCAUAUCGUUAGCCAGUUCAUGGAAGCUCCACGAUUAACUCAUUAUACAGCUGUUCUCAGGAUCCUACGCUAUAUAAAAGGUACAUUGUAUCAAGGUGUUAAAUUCUCAUCCACCUCUGAACUCUGUCUUCGUGCAUAUUCAGAUUCAGAUUGGGCAGGAGACAUCACGGAUCGACGUUCAACUACAGGGUAUUGUUUAUUUCUGGGUAAUUCUUUGAUAUCUUGGCGCAGUAAGAACAAAAUGUAG